GCUGUUCACAGUGUCAUUGCUGGGAAGGCCGGCGGCCGGCGUUUUGGAGCCAGAGUGGCCCUGUGGGCGGAGCAGACCCGGAGAAGGGAGGUGUUUGUGCUCUGCUCUGCCCCUGGCCUCCCCCUCUGCUCCCCCCACUCCCUGGCCCCUUCCUCUGUCUAAGCAACCCCUUACUUUCUGCCUUGCUCUGUAAAACACCCAGGCUGGCUCUGCCCUGUGGGCCCCCAGGCCCCGUCUGCACCUCACCCCUCCUGGAUGUUGAUACCAGGGGACUUUCUCAUCCUCACUCAAGGCCCAGAGAGGGGCAGGCAUUCCUCGGAGUCCCAGGCGACUGAACCGCAGAUGUCCCCCAUCACCCAUCACCCCGCACCGGCUGGGGGCUCUCAGCGGCAGUCUGGGCACCUGCUGAACCACAGUGGUUUAUGGAAGGAGCCCCGGGGGGAGCUGUCUAAUUCCAGGAAGGAGUGCCCAGAGCCACCCAGCGCUGCCCAGAGCUCUCCAUGGCCUGCCUGAGCCCCUCACAGCUCCAGAAGUUCCGGGAGGAUGGGUUCCUGGUGCUCGAAGGGUUCUUGUCUGUGGACGAGUGUGUGGCCCUGCAACAGAGGAUUGGCCAGAUAGUGGCCCAGAUGGACGUCCCGCCCCACUGCCGCACCGAGUUCUCCACCCAGGAGGAGGAGCAGCUCCGAGCCCAGGGCAACUCUGACUACUUCCUGAGCAGUGGCGACAAGAUUCGAUUCUUCUUUGAGAAAUGCGUUUUUGACGAGAAAGGGAAGUUCCUGGUCCCUCCGGAGAAAUCGGUCAACAAAAUCGGCCAUGCCCUGCAUGCCCGUGACCCUGUCUUCAAGAGUGUCACACACUCCCCCAAGGUGCAGGCCUUGGCCAGAAGCCUGGGCCUGCAGAUGCCCGUGGUGGUGCAGAGCAUGUACAUCUUUAAGGUGAGCUCUCCAUCCGCCCCAGCCUCAGUUUACCCUCUGUACAAUGGGCACAGUGCUCUUCCCAAGCCCUCCUCUCCCCAAGCUGCUGGGAUUCUUGUUAAGCUGGUGGGAGAACGUGUAAGGUUGGUCUCCUCUGGCUAAGGCGCCCGGCACGUAGCAGGUGCUCGGUAAAACGCGUUGGUAGGGGUGGGGGGCAUUUAGCACAGGGGCUCAGUGAC